AUGUCAUUCGUGAGGAGAAAUACCGUGCUCUCGGCAAGGCCAGAGCGGCCGCCUGCCCAGGCGGCGCCUACAGUUGAAAGGCAGCAACUUGCGCCAGGGAUUCGACCGUCGCCUCUUGAUGGCCGGCCCACCACAUCAACGGGGACGUCAUCGCUCGAUCAACUCCUCGCAGGGCACGGAGGACUGCCUCUGGGGACCUGCCUGUUGGUCGAGGAACAAGGAACUACUGAUUUCUCAGGGAAUGGAGACAUCAGUUACCCGGCAUAG